AUGGCUGCUGAUAGCUCUACAUUACUCAUUACGCCGUUACACGAAACAUUCCUCGCUCAGGUCGAAGGUAUCGACUGGACAGCGCCAAUCUCUGACGCAAUCAUCGCGGAAAUGCAAAAGGCGAUCGAUAAAUAUGGCGUGUUGGUUUUUCGUAAAGCGAAUAUCGACAACGAGACGCAGGUAGCUCUAACAAAGGAGGUUCGGAGAGCUCGAUUUCAUGCCCUCCGUCUACAUCAAGGACGCUUUCCUCACACUCCACAAAUUUUUGACCUCUCCAACCUAGACGAGCAGGGGAACAUCAUCCUGUGGACGAAUCGAUUCUUAUCUAUGUCCAUGAAGGGAAACCAACUGUGGCACGCCGACAUGUAA